AUUUAAGUUUGGGAUUAGUCAUUAGGGUUAGCAGUGUGGUUAAGGCUAGGUUUUAAUGUAUAUUUUAUGACUUUGUGGCUGUGCCAGCUAGUGACCACUCUGCAGGCUGCCUUUAGGGCAAGAUUCAUGACAAUAAAUGCUUAACUGCGUCCUCCUCUUGCUGUACUGGUUAGAAGCUAAUAAUACACAAGACCACUAGGUGGCGACAUCCCACCAGGAAAACUAAAGGGAACCGUGAACACAGACCAAGGUGGUGACAUCACACCAGGAAAACUAAUGGGAACCGUGAACACAGACCAAGGUGGUGACAUCACACCAGGAAAACUAAUGGGAACCGUGAACACAGACCAAGGUGGUGACAUCACACCAGGAAAACUAAUGGGAACCGUGAACACAGACCAAGGUGGUGACAUCACACCAGGAAAACUAAUGGGAACCGUGAACACAGACCAAGGUGGUGACAUCACACCAGGAAAACUAAAGGGAACCGUGAACACAGACCAAGGUGGUGACAUCACACCAGGAAAACUAAUGGGAACCGUGAACACAGACCAAGGUGGUGACAUCACACCAGGAAAACUAAAGGGAACCGUGAACACAGACCAAGGUGGUGACAUCACACCAGGAAAACUAAAGGGAACCGUGAACACAGACCAAGGUGGUGACAUCACACCAGGAAAACUAAUGGGAACCGUGAACACAGACCAAGGUGGUGACAUCACACCAGGAAAACUAAAGGGAACCGUGAACACAGACCAAGGUGGUGACAUCACACCAGGAAAACUAAAGGGAACCGUGAACACAGACCAAGGUGGUGACAUCACACCAGGAAAACUAAUGGGAACCGUGAACACAGACCAAGGUGGUGACAUCACACCAGGAAAACUAAUGGGAACCGUGAACACAGACCAAGGUGGUGACAUCACACCAGGAAAACUAAUGGGAACCGUGAACACAGACCAAGGUGGUGACAUCACACCAGGAAAACUAAUGGGAACCGUGAACACAGACCAAGGUGGUGACAUCACACCAGGAAAACUAAUGGGAACCGUGAACACAGACCAAGGUGGUGACAUCACACCAGGAAAACUAAUGGGAACCGUGAACACAGACCAAGGUGGUGACAUCACACCAGGAAAACUAAUGGGAACCGUGAACACAGACCAAGGUGGUGACAUCACACCAGGAAAACUAAUGGGAACCGUGAACACAGACCAAGGUGGUGACAUCACACCAGGAAAACUAAUGGGAACCGUGAACACAGACCAAGGUGGUGACAUCACACCAGGAAAACUAAUGGGAACCGUGAACACAGACCAAGGUGGUGACAUCACACCAGGAAAACUAAUGGGAACCGUGAACACAGACCAAGGUGGUGACAUCACACCAGGAAAACUAAUGGGAACCGUGAACACAGACCAAGGUGGUGACAUCACACCAGGAAAUCUACUUGGCAGGUUUCCUGGAGAAAUUCACUGACACUUUUUACAGAAUGACAUCAAUAACCUCAUGAAAACAGUGACCUGUGUUUUUAAAGACGCUAGUCGGUGUGUGUGUGUAUAUAUUUGUGCUCGUGUGUGUCCGUGCGUGUGUAGGAGGGCACCAUGGAGAGAAUAUUCAUUUUUAGUCAUACACGAAACUGCACUCGUACUCUGUCUAACUGUGGGAGUCAUCAUCAUGUUUGUGGUUGAGUGAACCAGAGACUCCGUUCUUCACGGAGUUGUGUACUUGAACUUAAAGCAUUAUUACUGACUGCUGUGGCCUCCAGUGGGAACAGGCUGAGUGGUGAGUUAGAACAGUUUAUGAGAAAGUGAUACACACUUCCCUUCAGACUCAUCCAGGGGCCGUCCCAGAUACCCCUUCUGUCUCCUGAAAUAUUAGCCUCAUCCAUCCCAGAUACCCCUUCUCCUUCUGUCUCCUGAAA